ACAAUAAGUUUGACAAUUGAAGAAGUUACACCGAUUUAAUCAACAAGUAGACAAUUUAUUUCAAAGCGUCGCUUGUCCCUAAAAUAAAAAUGAGCGUAACAAAAGCAGUUCACGAAUGUUUGUUCUGUCCACAAACAUUUGGCAGUGCCACCGAAAAGGAUGACCACAUUCUGGAGCAUUUUGCUCAAGAAACGUGUACAGAUUGCGACCAAAGCCUUCUUCGGAUCGGCAGCAAUUUAUACACACUACACAACACAGUAACAUGCAUCAAGAGAGAAUCGAAACCUGACGUCAGAAUUCAGCACGAUAAGUAUAAGGGAUCUAUCAACCAGAACUGCGAUGAAUGGAAUUAUAAUGCAACAGCCGCAAUUUGUGAUCAACAAUUGGACAUAAAACUCGAGCCCAGAAUGGAACAGAAUGAACAGCUCAUGAGUCCGAUAAAUUUUGCGGAAACAAGUUCUAUCGAAAACUACCAAGGAUCCAACAACCAGAAUAGCAUUGAAAAUAUUUCUGCUAUUGAUGUUACACUAUCGAAUACAGUAUCUGUUGGGGAAAUCGAAAUUAAAAUGGAGCCAGAAGCACAAGGUGAGCAGUUCAUAUCUGUGGAUGUGAACAAUUCCACCGAACUGAAUGAUAUGGAUUUUGACUCAAGUAAAGUGGUCUACAGUAAACAUCUUUCAAACGCAUUAGGCAAAUUUAGUGAAGAGCAAAGCAAAAGCAACUACAAGUACAAGUGUGACGUUUGUCUGAAACUAUUUAAAUGGUCCUCGCAACUGAAACACCACAAAAAGUUCAGACACCCUGCUCCAGGAACACAAAUCGAUCGAAUCCAAUGUGAAAUUUGUAAAACAUUUGUUCGGGCAGAUACCAUUCGAAAUCAUAUGAAAAAGCAACAUUCAAAUUGCAUCAAGUACAACUGUGAAUUUUGCUGGGGAAAAUUUCUGUCGAAAAAAUCUUUGGAUAAACAUGUUCCACGUUGUAAACGACCGAAGCAGAAGCAAUCAAGUUAUAUGUCUGGUAAACCGGAUGAAAAGGAACAAAGCAAAAGAAACUACAAAUAUAAUCGAGCUCCGUGUGACAUUUGCGGCGAAUUAUUCUAUACGUUCUGGAUGGAUAGACACAAAAAACUGAAGCAUAGCUCGAACGAUUUCGAUCAGUAUCAAUGUGAUAUAUGUAAGAGAUUUAUUCGCAAAAAAGAAUCUCUACUAAGACAUAUGAAUAUAAAACAUGAUCGGACAAGGUUGUGGACAACCUGCCCAAAAUUCAAAUGUGAUUAUUGUAGUAAAAAUUUUGCCGCAAAGAAUUCAUUAGACAAUCAUCUAAAUCACUGUAAUCGCAAAAAGAAGUCAUUUAAUGAGUCUCCUCUGACCAAUGAAUCAAUUUCCACCGAAAAACUUUAUAUGUGUGAUAUUUGCGGUGACAAAUUCACGAAACCAAAUGGCGUUAGGAUACAUCAAUACGCAGUGCACAAGACAGGAGGAUACAAAUGCGGUGAUUGCAAACUAGUUUUCUUUACAGCCCAAGGACUGACAAACCAUGGUCCAAAAUGCAGAAAACUAUCGACACGUACAUUUGAGUGUUAUAUGUGUCACAAGAAAAUUUCAUCAAAAAUGAGUCUUCUCUCUCAUAUUCUUCGAAAACACGAUCGUGGAGACAUGUGGAAAUAUGGAUGUGAGACAUGUGGAAAGCGCUUUGUUUCUAAAUCUGAAUGCAAAAGUCAUAAUAACAUAGCUCACUUGAAAUUAUCAGCUGUUCGAAAUUUCUUAUGCGCCACAUGUGGACGAGCGUGUCCGGACCGAUAUCGUUUAAAGCAACACGAAAUGAUUCACACAGGAGAGAAACCACUCAAGUGUUCAAUUGAAGGUUGUGAUCAAUAUUUUAGAUAUUCCACAUCUUUAAUGUUACAUCUAAAAAAUCAUAGAGGCGAAAAACGAUACCAAUGUAAAAUCAAUGGAUGCACAGAGCAAUUCGGAGGAGUGAGAGGGUACAAAAAGCAUCAACUUAAUGUACAUGGCAUUUCAAUGACUAAAAAAAAAUAAAUUUGCUCCUAAGUUUUUAUUGUUAUUUUAAGUUGUAAAUAAUAAUGUAUUGUUAUAAAUUACUGGUCAAUUUUUUUAUGCUAAAGUAGAAGAAAAUAAAUUCAUUUAAUAUGAAA